AUGGCGGUCUCAAAUAACUCGAUCGCGAAAACCUACCAUCGGUUAUUUGUAGAAUUGGCCGAUCCUCGAACAAACGACUGGUUUCUUAUCACCAGUCCAUUCCCAGGAUUGACGAUUAUCGGUCUGUAUUUGUAUUUCACAUUGAAAUGGGGUCCCCGGUACAUGGCGGACAAAAAACCUUUCCAGUUACAGAAGACAUUGGUGGUUUAUAAUUUCUUACAAGUUUUAGUCAGUUGCUGGUUGUUUUACGAGGGCCUCGACGCCGGUUGGUUGAGGACUUACAGUUGGAAAUGUCAACCAGUAGAUUUUUCGACCACACCUGAAGCCUUGCGGGUAGCAAGAGGCGUCUAUAUUUACUUCCUGGCAAAGAUAUCAGAACUUCUAGAUACUGUGUUCUUCGUGAUCAGGAAAAAGGAGAGACAGAUCACGUUUCUGCACAUGUAUCACCACACAGUUAUGCCCAUGAUAUCAUGGGGUGCUACUAAGUACUACCCCGGCGGUCACGGGACGCUGAUCGGAGUAAUGAACUCCUUCGUUCACAUCGUCAUGUACAUGUAUUACAUGCUUGCGGCCAUGGGACCCCAUCUACAAAAAUAUUUGUUCUGGAAGAAAUAUAUAACAACUCUUCAAAUGCUCCAGUUCUGCAUUGCUUUCAUCCAUUCUUCUCAACUUCUCUUCUAUGAAUGCGGGUACCCUCGCUGGUCCGUCGUCUUCACACUACCCAACUCCAUCUUCUUCUACUACCUCUUCUACGACUUCUACUAUAAGGCUUACGGCAAAUCCGACAAGAAAGACAAGAAAGACACCAAUGGUGCCAUAUCAAAUGGAAAUGCAAACGGAGUUGGGAAGUCAGACAAAAAGAUUGAUUAA